CACACACUCACACACACACACACACUCACACACACUAAACUGCAGACAGCUCUGCCGGCUGAGCCAGCGUCUGCCUACCGCUGUUCUUCCAGCACCCUUACUGCAUCCAGAAACAGCUGACAGCAUCCUCAGCCUUUAGAUCUCUUUUUUUCCUUUUGUCACUAAACUCUAGUGUAUGUAAGACUAGAAGUAGCGCAGAAAGCCGGCUGCUUCUCACGUCUGCUGCUUCCCUUCCCUCGACCUCCCUCCACCCUCUCGCUCUCUCUCUCUUCCUAGCUCACACACAUCCUAUCACAUCCACACCCACACCCAAGGAUACCUCCUUGCUUCCCUCUGCUGUUUCUCUCACGCCGGUCCUCUUUCUCUUUAACCCUCUACACCUGUAAAUACGUAUUUCUUGUUAUUUCCUCAGAGGAAGAGAUGCUUGCCUGACCUCUUUUCUUUCUAUUCAAACACUUCUGUGGAUUCUCUUCUUUUUAAUCGAUCCCUGCUCUGCCACUUUGUUGCUACCUGUGGAGGUUCUCUGGUUCUACUUCAGCCUGCCGUCUCACAGAGUAAAGCGCCGCAGAGAGGCACCAUGCUGGGAUUGGACGUGUGUGAGUUUGGCGGUCAGGUGCUGGAGCUGCUCUGGCUAACUAUGUGCUACAGAGGUCUGAUUGCUGAAAAGAAUGACUUGCCCGUCGAGGAGGAAGAUGAUGAGCGAAAUCUCAACUACAACCCUCCAGCUCAAAAGUCCCUGCAGGAGAUUCAGGAGCUGGACAAGGAUGAUGAAAGUCUGGUGAAGUACAAGCAGACCCUGCUGGGGCCAGAAGCAAUGAUGGCAGACGCCUCUGGUCCUAAUGUCAAGGUGACCAGAUUGACCCUGCUGUGCGAUGACGCACCUGAACCAAUUACUAUGGACCUGACAGGAGACCUGAUCGCUCUGAAGGAGAAGAGCUUCUCCUUACAGGAGGGAGUGAAAUACAGACUAAAGAUACACUUCAAGGUGAACAGAGAAAUCGUUUCUGGCCUGAAGUACCGUCAAGUGACCUACAGAAAAGGAGUGAGAAUGAACAAGGCGGUGUACAUGGUAGGAAGUUACGGCCCACGCGCAGAGGAGCAGGAGUUUCUUUGCCCGAUCGAUGAGGCAGCUAAAGGCGCGAUGUCCCGUGGCCAGUAUCAGAUCAAGUCCUGCUUCACUGAUGAUGACAAGAACGUCUACUUAUCCUGGGAGUGGAACCUCAAUAUCAGCAAGGACUGGAAUUAAUCGAUUGGGAGUGUGUG